GUCAGUGUCAAACAAAACGCACUUCCGGAAUGAUGGCAACACGUGUUUUCGUGAUCAUUAUUUAGUCGUAUAUAAUACACAUGGCUGUGAACGGUUAUUCUAACAUAUAAGAAUGUCGUCUGGAAGUAAAAUAUUCUCGGGCUACAGAGCUCUGGGAUUUGUCAGCAACGGUGUCCCGCUGGCUGUCAGAUAUCAUCAGAAGCAUAAAGAAAAUUAUGUUGUAACCUGUGUUGGGAAGUCAUUCCACACUUACAAUUGUUCCAAGUUUGGGAUUGUUAGUGUCAGUGACAGUCAUCCAGAGGAUAUCAGCGUUAUUGCCGUUGAUCGCAAUCUGACAUUUACAGCUUGCAGAAAUGUUGUGCAAGCCUUUACCAGGGGCAAGCAGGUUGUACACACUUAUAAUGGUCACAAAGAGGAUGUGCAUAUUCUCCUGCCAUUUGGUCAGCACCUGAUUUCUGUGGACACAGGCAGCACUGUCAUCAUCUGGGAUAUCCAGUCUGAAGGUCAAUACUCGGAUAUACAGUUUAGCAAUGAGACUUUCCAGGUAUCAGCCCUCAUGCAUCCAAACACGUACCUGAACAAGGUGGUGUUUGCAAGCAAGCAGGGCUCUCUACAGCUGUGGAACGUGAAACAGAACAAGAUGGUCUACACAUUUGAUGGCUGGGGUCAGCCUGUCACUGUGCUCCAACAGGCACCAGCAAUCGAUGUAGCAGCCAUUGGAUUGGAGAAUGGAACCAUCAUUCUUCACAACUUGAAAUUUGAUGAGACCAUUACCAAGUUUACUCAGGACUGGGGACCUGUGACAGCCAUUACCUUCAGAACAGAUGGUCAUCCAAUCAUGGCGACAGGAAGUUCCUGCGGGCACAUUGCAUUAUGGGACUUGGAGGAGAAGAAGCUACGCAGUCAGAUGCGUGAUGCCCACGGUACAGCAGUUAGCGGCAUGCAAUGUCUGCCGUCCGAGCCCUUAAUGGUGACUUCAUCCGCAGAUAAUUCUUUGAAGAUGUGGAUCUUUGAUCUUGCUGACGGCGGAGGUCGUCUGCUGCGAGAGAGGUCCGGUCACUGUGCUCCCAUCAGUCGUCUGCGUCACUAUGGAACAGACGGGAAAAACAUACUGUCAUCUGGUCAGGACAGUACUUUGCGGUCUUUUUCAACAAUACAUGAACGACACAACAAGAGUUUGGGUAGAGGCUCGUUUGACAAAAAACAAACAAAGAAGAAGACAUUAAAAUACGACCAGCACAGAAUGCCCUACAUUGUGAACUUUGCCUCAGAACCAACCAGACAGAGUGACUGGGCCAACAUUCUGGCGUGUCACCGGGGGUUGCUAUUGGUUACCACAUGGAGCUUCCAGCGCUCCACGAUGGACGAACACAAGUUUCAGCAUGAACGCUUUAUCAAGUAUGCUGAGCAACAUAGACAUACUGUUGCACAGUGUGUUGAGAUCACCUCGUGUGGCAACUUCGGUCUCAUCGGGUACAGCUCUGGCCACGUGGACGUGUACAAUAUGCAGUCAGGCAUCCACAGAGGCUGCUAUGGGAAGGACAAGGCACACGAGUGCUGCGUGCAGGGCGUGGUGGUGGACGGUCUCAACCAGGUCACUGUGACAGCGGGCCAGGACGGGGAGCUGAAGUUCUGGAGAUUCAAACAGAAGACGCUUCUAAUCGCAGUGAGACUGGAUGCAGCUGUUUCUAGUGUGCUCUUGCACAGGGAAAGUUCCAUGCUAGCUGUUGCCAGAGAUGAUUUCUUUGUGAACAUCAUCGACCUUGAAACACGAAAAGUUGUGCGAAAAUUCACCGGACAUGAAAACAGAAUUACAGAUAUGACGUUUAGCAGUGAUGCUCGAUGGCUUGUAACAGCGGCAAUGGAUUGUUCCUUGCGGGUUUGGGACCUUCCAACUGGCAGACUAAUAGACUGUUUCCUGGUGGACAGCGCCAUCACGUCACUGACAAUGUCCCCCACGUCAGACUUCCUCGUCACGUCACAUCUGGACGAUCUCGGGGUCUACCUCUGGUCCAACAAGACGCUGUUCUCCCAUGUAGGGUUGACUGCUCUGCCUGAUAACUACGAGCCCCGCCUUGUCAACCUGCCCACCACCAGGAGACCAGACACAGAUGCGGACAAAGAGGAGGUUGCAGAUGAGGAGGAGUUUGUGCGUGCAGAGUUCAAGUCUGCUGAUCAGAUCAGCAGCGAGCUGGUCACACUUUCACUGCUGCCAAACUCACGCUGGCAGAACAUCCUUAACCUGGAUAUUGUCAAGUUACGGAACAAGCCAAAGCAGCCCCCUAAGGCCCCCAAGGCUGCUCCAUUCUUUUUGCCUACUGUUGCCGGUCUCCAGCCCAAGUUUGCCCUGCCUGAGAAAGACAUGGAGGCUGAGAAGUCCAAGCAAGUAUCUGUUGGAAGUCUGAUGCCUCUGUGCACACUUGGAAAACUUCUAUUGGAGGGUGCUGCUACACAGUCAUAUACAAAGGUGCUUGACUACGUGAAGUCUCUGGGUCCGUCAGCUGUAGAUGUGGAGAUCCGCUCACUGGAACCGGAUCUAGGCGGUUCCCUGGAGGUGCUUGGCGCAUUCCUUGGGUUCGUACGUGACACGCUGAAGACUAACAAGAACUUUGAGAUCAUACAGGCCUACUUGGCACUGUUCUUAAAGGUCCAUGGGGAUGUAUUGUCCAGCAGCGCUUUGUUGACCUCUGACCUUGAAAGCCUGGCAGCUGACCAGUCUGCCAGCUGGUCACAUAUACAGGACUCUAUGAACCAGACACUCUGCUUUGUUAACUACCUGAGAACUGCUGUCCUUUGAAAUAAUCUCUGUUCCUUAUGGAGGAUUACAAUUCUGUUUUUAGUAAAUUCCGGUAUAGUGAAUAUAUGAAUCUGCUAUGUGAAAAUUGCAGCUUUGUGUACCAGUCAUUGUUGGUUAAUUGGUCAUAAAAUGACAGGUGUCUGAAAAUGUAGAGACAAAAAUUAAGGUGUCCAAAAAUUAUAAUUAUAUUGAAUUAUAUGCAAUAAAUCAAUGUUAAAUUCACA